AUGGGCGCGGCAAUGAAGGACCCCGUGGAGAAGAGCGGAGGGGAUCCCGUACAAGCCGUGAAGCAGUUGCUCAGGACAGUCGUCCGUAUGUUCUACGAGACCGAGCACAUCGUCAUUAUGGACGCGCUCUGCUAUCACGGCGCGCUGCCCGUGGCCGACAUGACCAUUAUCCUCGACGCAGGCAAGAACUCGAAACAUGUCAGCAAGGUUGCGGGUAAGCUUCGGGAGGCAGGGCUGUGUUCAUCCUACACUCAGCAUGUCCUGCGCCAGGGUGCAAACAAGGCAUCAAGCAGAGAGUUCUUUUACAUUGACUGGCGCCGCGCCGUCGACUCUGUCAAGUACAAGAUUCACAAGAUUGAUGAGGGCAUCAAGAGGGACGCGAAACCCACUACCGAGAAACCCGAGUUCAAAUGCCUGAGAUGCAAAUCCACAUACACGACCAUGCAGGCGCUUGAUCACCCCGAUACGAACCCUGGGCCAGACGACAGCGGCUUCAUCUGCGCGAGAUGCGGAUUCCGAUUAGACGAGAUCGACCAAGAUAUUCAAGCGGACGACGUCGACGACACCCCAGCCAAGUUCAAUAAGCUGUUUGGCCCGCUGAUCGAGAUGAUGUCAAAGAUUCAGGACAUGGGCAACCUUCCAGCGUUGGAACCGCCAGACAUUAUCAGCGAAAGGAUCGAGCUUCCUCGAGAUAGGAAUGUCGACCCUGGUACGCAGGUCGAGGUUAUCGAGACGACGGCCUCACGCCCAACCGCCGUCAAAGGCAUUGACACAGGCCCAGAGAAGAUCAAUGUGCAGAUAGGCUCGAGCGCAGAGCAAAACGAGAAGCAGCGAGCGGCAGACCGGGCUCGUCAAGAGAAGAUAUCCAUGCAGAACCAGCUUCCCACUUGGCAUACAAAAUCAACUGUCAUCAAAGAUGCGGCAGGGAAUACGACCACUGUGAAGCAAGAGGCGGACGGGAUCGACAAUUCCAGUAUCAAGACGGAGGCAGGGGAUACAAUGGGCACCAAUCAGAACCUUGAUGCAGUCUUCGCCCAGAUCGAAGCCGAGCGCCGCAGGAAGGAGCAGGAGGACGACGACGAGGACGACGAGGAUGACGAUGAGGACGAGUUUGAAGAUGUCGAUGUGGGCACGCCCAGUGCUCUACCGGAAGCGAAGCGUGUCAAGCUGGAAUCGUCCGCCGCUCCAACUCCUUCCGCCGCUGCCACACCAGCAGCAGCAACCCCAGCCGCAUCCAACGGCGGCGAUGAAAGCGAAGAGGAUGAAUUCGAGGAUGUAAACUGA